ACUCACGAUUUCGUAUUACUUUGUCAUCUCUCAAAUCAACAGGUAAAACAAUGUUGCUUCUAGUUCUGGUUGUCGGUUUAAUAUGCUAUCAUGUCUACAAAUCCAUAAAACCACCGCCACCAAUCCCGCUGCCAGAGAAUGUUUCUGAGAUAUCUCCAAGAGUUAAGCUCAAUGAUGGGAGAUAUUUAGCCUACAGAGAAUUAGGGUUUCCAAAAGAUAAAGCCAAAAAUAAAAUAAUCAUUCUCCAUGGUUUUGGAAGUUCAAAGUUAGUAGAUUUAAAAAUCACACAGGAAAUGAUUGAUGAAUUCGAGAUAUACUUCUUGCUCUUCGAUAGAGCUGGUUAUGGAGAAAGCGAUGCUCAUCCAUCACGAACGGUAAAAACGGAUACAUACGAUAUCGAAGAACUCGCCGACAAAUUGCAAAUUGGUCCGAAGUUCCAUGUCUUAGGAAUGUCACUCGGGGCUUAUCCAGUUUACGGCUGUCUCAAAUACAUCCCUCAUAGGUUAAGUGGAGCAACGUUGGUGGUUCCGUUACUUAAUUUUUGGUGGAGUAGUAUGCCUCAAAGCCUAUUGAGUGCAGCGCUCAAGAAAUUACCAAUUGAGAACCAAUGGACAUUUAGAGUUGCACACUACCUUCCGUGGUUGCUAUAUUGGUGGUUGACGCAGAAAUGGUUUUCACCGUUUAGUCCGAAUCCCAGAGAAACUAUGACCGAGCGCGACAUAGAACUCGCGGACAAGCACACAAAACACUCUUAUAUUAAGGAAUCUGCUCUACGACAAGGCGAAUAUGUGAGCAAGCACCGAGACAUCAUUGCGUCUUUCGAGAAUUGGGAGUUUGAUCCAACAGAAUUGCUCAAUCCGUUUUCAGAUGGUAACAAAGGGUCAGUUCACAUGUGGUGUGCACUCGAAGACAAACAAAUUUUGCGUGAGGCUUUACUCUAUAUAUGUGAUAAGCUGCCAUGGAUAAAACUUCGUCAAGUUCCAGAAGCUGGACAUCUUAUUAUCCAUGAGAAGCAGCAUUUUGAAGAUAUUAUCAAAACCGCUUGUACUUGA